AUGUUGCCAGCUACAGCCAGGGAUGGCCUCCAUCGACUGUCUACCUACCUGGAAGAACUCGAGGCUGGGGAACUGAAGAAAUUCAAAUUAUUCCUGGGGAUUGCAGAGGACCCGAGCCAGGACAAGAUUCCCUGGGGACGAAUGGAGAAGGCUGGUCCUUUGGAAAUGGCUCAGCUGAUGGUGGCCCACAUGGGGACAAGGGAGGCUUGGCUUCUGGCUCUCAGCACCUUCCAGAGGAUCCACAGGAAGGACCUGUGGGAGCGAGGACAGGGAGAAGACCUGCUGAGGGGGAGAAGACCUGUCACUCCAAAUAAUGGUCUAUGCCUUUUCGAGAGCCAAUCAGCGUGCCCUUUGGAUGUCUCUCCCGAUGCUCCAAGAAAAGAUCUCCAGACAACCUACAAAGACUAUGUCCGAAGGAAAUUCCGGCUAAUGGAAGACCGCAAUGCACGAUUAGGCGAAUGUGUGAACCUGAGCAAUCGUUACACUCGGCUUCUCCUNGUAAAGGAACACUCAAAUCCUAUCUGGACACAGCAGAAAUUUGUAGAUAUAGAGUGGGAACGCUCCAGAACCAGGCGUUACCAGACUAGUCCUAUCCAAAUGGAGACCCUCUUUGAGCCAGACGAAGAACGCCCNGAGCCACCACACACAGUGGUAUUACAAGGGGCAGCNGGGAUGGGGAAGUCCAUGCUGGCCCACAAAGUGAUGUUGGACUGGGCCGAUGGGAGGCUCUUCCAAGGCCGGUUUGAUUAUGUCUUCUAUAUCAGCUGCAGGGAGUUGAAUAGAAGCCACACCCAGUGCAGUGUACAAGACCUCAUCUCCAGCUGCUGGCCGGAGCAUGGUAUAUCCCUNGAAGACCUCAUGCAGGCUCCUGACCGUCUCCUAUUCAUCAUUGAUGGCUUCGAUAAACUCCAUCCUUCUUUCCAUGAUGCUCGGGGUCCCUGGUGCCUCUGCUGGGAGGAGAAACAACCUACCGAACUCCUCCUCGGAAGUCUGAUUCGGAGGUUGCUUCUGCCCCAGGUCUCUCUGCUCAUCACCACACGACCCUGUGCACUGGAGAAGCUGCACGGCUUGCUAGAACACCCUAGGCACGUGGAGAUCCUGGGCUUCUCCGAGGCAGCUAGGAAGGAAUAUUUCUACAGAUAUUUCCACAACACUGGACAAGCAAGCCGGGUGUUAAGCUUCUUGAUGGACUAUGAGCCCCUCUUUACCAUGUGUUUUGUUCCCAUGGUGUCCUGGGUGGUCUGCACCUGCCUAAAGCAGCAGCUGGAAAGUGGGGAGCUUUUAAGACAAACACCUAGGACCACCACAGCGGUUUAUAUGUUCUACCUUNUGAGCCUGAUGCAGCCCAAGCCAGGGACUCCAACCUUCAAAGUCCCAGCCAACCAGAGAGGCCUGGUCUCUCUGGCUGCAGAGGGCCUCUGGAACCAGAAGAUUCUAUUUGAUGAACAGGAUCUUGGGAAACACGGCCUAGAUGGAGCAGAUGUGUCCACUUUCCUCAACGUGAACAUAUUCCAGAAGGGUAUCAAAUGUGAGAAAUUCUACAGCUUCAUCCACCUGAGUUUCCAGGAAUUCUUCGCAGCCAUGUACUGUGCACUGCAUGGCAGAGAGGCGGUGAGGAGAACGCUGGCUGAGUAUGGCUUCUCGGAAAGGAACUUCUUGGCCCUCACGGUCCACUUUCUGUUUGGCCUCCUCAACGAAGAGAUGAGAUGCUACCUUGAGAGGAAUCUCGGCUGGAGCAUCUCCCCUCAGGUGAAGGAGGAAGUGUUGGCAUGGAUCCAAAACAAGGCUGGAAGCGAAGGCUCCACCCUGCAGCAUGGCUCCCUGGAGCUACUCAGNUGCUUGUAUGAGAUCCAGGAGGGGGACUUCAUCCAGCAGGCCCUGAGCUACUUUCAAGUGGUUGUAGUCAGAAACAUCUCAACAAAGAUGGAGCACAUGGUCUGCUNGUUUUGUGCNCGGCACUGCAGCAGUACAGAGGUGCUUCAUUUGUAUGGGAGCGCUUAUAGUACAGGCAUGGAGGAUGGCCCACCAGACCCUUCAGGAGUCCAGACUCAGUCCACAUACCUACAGGAAAGGAACAUGCUGCCUGAUAUCUACAGUGCAUACCUUUCAGCAGCUGUCUGUACCAACUCCAACCUGAUCGAGCUGGCAUUAUACCGCAAUGCCUUGGGCAGCCAGGGUGUGAGGCUGCUCUGUCAAGGUCUCCGACAUGCCAGCUGCAAGCUGCAGAACCUGAGGCUGAAGAGGUGUCAGAUCUCCGGCUCAGCCUGCCAGGACCUCGCAGCGGCUGUCAUCGCCAACAGGAAUCUAACCAGGCUGGACCUCAGUGGCAACAGCAUUGGGGUGCCAGGCCUGGAGCUGCUCUGUGAGGGGCUGCAGCACCCCAGGUGUAGGCUGCAGAUGAUCCAGCUGAGGAAGUGUCUGUUGGAGGCUGCAGCUGGCCGAUCCCUGGCUUCUGUUCUCAGCAACAACUCAUAUCUGGUAGAACUGGAUCUGACAGGAAACCCCUUGGAAGAUUUGGGGCUGAAGUUACUGUGUCAAGGGCUAAGGCACCCUGUCUGCAGGCUGCAGACCUUGUGGCUGAAGAUCUGCCACCUUGGACAAGCUUCCUGUGAAGAUCUGGCCUCUACUCUCAGAAUGAACCAGAGCCUGCUGGAGCUGGACCUGGGUCUGAAUGACCUCGGGGAUUCUGGGGUGCUUCUGCUGUGUGAAGGCCUCAGGCAUCCAGAUUGCAAACUGCAGACCCUUCGGUUGGGCAUUUGCCGACUGGGCUCAGUUGCGUGUGUGGGGAUCGCCAGUGUGCUCCAGGUCAACACAUGCCUCCAAGAGCUGGACCUGAGCUUCAAUGACUUGGGAGACAGGGGCCUGAAGCUGCUGGGGGAAGGCCUGAGGCACGAGACCUGCAGACUCCAGAAGCUGUGGCUGGACAGCUGUGGACUCACCUCCAAAGCAUGUGAGGACCUCUCUUCUAUCCUGGGAAUCAACCAGACCCUGCAUGAGCUUUAUUUGACCAAUAAUGCUCUGGGGGACACAGGUGUCUGUCUGCUGUGCAAGAGGCUGAGACAUCCAGGCUGCAAGCUUCGAGUCCUGUGGCUGUUUGGAAUGGACCUGAAUAUAAAGACUCACCGGAAGAUGGCAGCACUUCGAGUCACAAAACCAUACCUGGAUAUUGGGUGUUGA